CUUUGUAUAAGCUCCUUAGCUACCUACAAACUCGAUUUUUUUUUUCUCGGAAAUUUGGCUCGAGGUAUCUGGGGUAGCUUUGCCGUUCAAGCUCCGUUGGUCUAUCUGGUACACUAAUUACUAUACGGAAGUACCUUAAACAUUUUGGCCCGCCGGAAGGCAAGAAAAAAAAAAAGAGAUCAUUUGCGACGACGUCACACCACUCGCCUUACACAGUACUUUUCACACUACUUCGAUCCGACUCCGUUUGCCGCAUUCGGAUCUCUGUUAUUCUAUUUUGUGUCAGAUUUCGCCUCUCUCAUCUGACUGAUUACUGAAAUACCCUGGGCUUUCUGGACUGGUGGAUUGGUGCUGCGGGGAAAAUCCACUGAGCUCUCGUCCUCUCACUUCCUACUCCCAAUUCACCUCACCUUCAACUUUUUUUCUCGCUCGGUUGUACAAUACACCAAAGAGAAGCAAUGGCAUCGUCAAGGACCCCCUCGGCUCUCCUCCUCCUUCCAAUCCGCCGGUCAUUCCCUUCUUCUGUCUGCGGCUCUCUCUCCCGCCCCAUUACGACGACUACACCAACACUCCCCGUCCUCUCCCGCGCCGCGACCCUCACACAAACCCACCUCUCCUCGCGACAUGGGUUACCACGGAACCAAAUCCGACACAGCUCGCACUCCCCGCUGGGCGCGGCGAGCGCGGCCCCGGCCCGGAAGAAGGUGACCCUGCAGACGCUGCGGGGCAUGUACAAGCGCGGGGAGCCGAUCACGAUGCUGACGGCGCAUGAUUUCCCGUCGGGCCACGUGGCCGAGGCGGCGGGGAUGGACAUGGUGCUGGUCGGGGAUAGUUUGGCGAUGGUGGCGCUGGGGAUGGAGGACACGAGCGAGAUUGUCAUGGAGGAGAUGCUGCUGCAUUGUCGAAGUGUGGCGCGGGCGGUGAAGGGGGCUUUUACGGUGGCUGAUUUGCCGAUGGGCUCCUAUGAGGUCUCCCCGGAGCAGGCGUUGCAGUCGGCGAUCCGCAUCGUCAAGGAAGGGCGGGUGCAGGGGGUCAAGAUCGAAGGCGGGGAGGAGAUGGCGCCGACGAUCCAGCGCAUCACGCAGGCGGGGAUCCCCGUGGUCGGGCACGUCGGGCUCACGCCGCAGCGGCAGCACUCGCUGGGCGGGUUUCGCGUGCAGGGCAAGUCGACGGCGGGCGCGCUGCGGCUGCUGCGCGACGCGCGGGCGGUGCAGGAGGCCGGCGCGUUCAUGAUAGUCGUCGAGGCGGUGCCCGCGGAGAUCGCCGCCAUCGUCACUCAGAAGCUGCGCGUGCCGACUAUCGGCAUCGGCGCCGGCAACGGCUGCUCCGGCCAGGUGCUGGUGCAGAUUGACAUGACCGGCAACUUCCCGCCGGGCCGCUUCCUCCCCAAGUUCGUCAAGAAGUACGCCGAUGUCUGGGGCGAGGCCAUCAAGGGCAUUGAGCAGUAUCGCGACGAGGUCAAGAGCCGCGCCUACCCGUCGGAGGAGUACACCUAUGCUAUCCCGAAGGAGGAGCUGGCGGAAUUCGAGAGGAUCGUCGAAGAGGGCCAGGACAACCAGAAACGUUGAUCAAUCGGAUUCACUGGCGCGGUUCUAUUCCCAUUCCCUUGCAUACCCCGGUGGGGUUCCCUGUCGCUUGUUGAUGCACGCAAGUCUACUUUUGUAUAGAUACCUUUUCAUUUCCAUGUUCCCAUAAUCAUCCUCCCAUAGGAGAUUCUAUUCAUAAUAUCGUCAAGAUUAUCGUACUCCUUCACUCCUUCAACAUCAAACUAGACUCCGGAUAUGUCUGUCAUCCAAAAGCAGGAGUCAUGGAAUACGCAACAAUGAGCUGCUCGUCCGUCUUGAAACACUAGACGAAAAGAUAAGAGUUCAAGGGCCCUAUCAUCGCGACAUCUCCAGAAAGGAAGACUUACCCGCCAUAACCCCCCAAUCCCUUCAUCCAACCCCGGCGCAAAGACGCU